AUGAGAUUGAGCAAAUAUUGGGAAAACACCAACAAUCUGCCCCAGGCGGUGGAGGUGGAAGUGGAGAUGAAGAUGGAGGUGGCGGCAGUAGCAGUGGCAGUGGAGGAGGAGACAGGGGUGUUGCCAACGGAGGUGGAGAUAAAGGUGACAAUAGUGGUGGUGGUUGAGAUGCUCAGGGGAGCAACAGCUCAUCUGUCUCCUCUUAUGCUUGGUCUAUCUGGUAAUUUGUUUCUUGGCUCAUGUUUCAUUUCUUCACUUGCCUUUCACCUUGUCGAAGGCUAG